AUGGCAAACUCCAAAUUUGAAUAUGUUCGGAGCUUCGAGCAACCAGACCAGUUACUGCCAAACACAUGGAUCGUGGUUCGUAUUGACGGACGAGCAUUCACAAAGGUGUGCGCAAAGUACGACUUUCAAAAACCCAACGACCGUAGAGCUUUAGAUCUCAUGAACGUAGCCGCCAUGGCCGUUGUUAAUGAUCUUCCCGAGAUUGUCGUAGCAUAUGGUGUCAGUGACGAGUAUAGGUGCAAAACUUGUUCUCCCCAGCUGGAUACGCACAAGCUAAUCAUCUCAGUUUCAUCCUUCACAAAUCCUGCGACUUGUUUGAGCGACGUGCAAGUUGGUCAGCACCAUCGUCUCUUCUUUCACGGCGAAUUACGUGUUUUCAUGGUCCACUUGCUUCCCCGAUACGCCACUAUCCUUCCCUCUACCUACGUUCGAUGGCCGGGCGGUCACAUAAACAAUUUGUAUAACACUGCAUUUUGGUCCCUGGUCCAGCUUGGUGGGCUUGACAACCAGAAUGCUGAGAAAACACUCGCCGGCACCUUAGCAGCAGACAAAAACGAGAUCCUUUUCUCCCGAUUCCACAUCAACUACAACAACGAACCGGAAAUAUAUAAGAAAGGCAGCGUCGUUUUUAGAGAUUAUGAAUUAGUCGACCCUGGGAGCCACUCAGUUGCUGCGGAGAUGGACGAUUUGGCAGAGCCUAUAACACAAUCAAAAACUCAGAUUGAGAAGGAUAAAAAGAGGAGAGCCAAGGCGCGGGUCGUGGUAAAGCACUUGGAUAUCAUCAAGGAUGACUUUUGGGAUAGGAGACCAUGGAUAUUAUCGAACAAGCCAGGUAAAGCCCCAAAGGAAACAUAG